UUCCCCCUUGCAGCAAUGGACUUGGACAAACAAUCCGUGUGGGGAUCCCUGAAACAGAAGACCCGGCCGUUCCUGCAAAACCUGAGCGUGAGGAAGACGAAGAAGAGGUCUGGCAAAAUGCUGGAGAGGAAGGGCCACUCCUUGGACCGCUGUCUCAGCGUGUCAGUGCCUGACAUGCUGGAGGUGGAGACGCUUAUGGAAGAAGAAGAAGAAGAAGAAACGACUUACUCGAGUGCUCAGGUGUUGUCGAGCUGCUCCCCCAAGAGCUUUUCCAGGUCUGUGGUGUCCCUGAAGAGCAGGAACGCUUCGGUGAAGGCAGCGGGAGAGGACUGGCUGUGGGCAUCGCAGCAGAGGACACGGACGGAGGUGACAGUCACCCCCCCGGACACGCAAGCUGUGGGUGUUCACCUGGUGUCCUCACGAGGAGCUGAGGCUGUGGGCAGCCCCGUGUCCGAGGGGAAGAGGAAAUCCAGCGAGGACCUCUUUGACCUGCUGCAGAGCUCCCGGCUGAGCGCUGCGCUGAGCGACGAGGGGACAGAGUACCCCUGUGGAGAAAUGGAUUUUGAUUCUUCCCUAUCAUCUCAAAACUUCGAUGACCAAAUGGCUCUGGAGGAAGCCAACGACUGCCUGAGUGACCUGCCCAGCCCCUUUGCCUACCUGCUGACCAUCCACCUGAAGGAGGGCCGGAACCUGGUUAUCAGGGAUCGCUGUGGUACAAGUGACCCGUAUGUGAAGUUUAAACUGAAUGGCAAAACCCUUUACAAAAGUAAGGUAGUCUACAAGAACCUCAACCCAGUUUGGGAUGAAACUGUUGUGCUGCCCAUACAGACCCUCGAUCAAAACCUCUGGAUCAAGGUGUACGAUCGUGAUUUAACCUCUUCAGACUUCAUGGGUUCGGCAUCUGUGGCACUCACUGAACUUGAACUCAAUAGAACUACUGAACAGGUUUUAAAACUGGAAGAUCCCAACAGUUUAGAAGAUGACAUGGGAGUGAUUAUAUUAAACUUGAGUCUAGCAGUCAAGCAAGGAGACUUCAAGAGAAAUAGGUGGUCAAGUCGAAAGAAAAGAACUUCAUCCAAGUCGAGUUUCACGCGGAACCUGCGGCUCUCGGAGUCCCUGCGCAAGAACCAGCUGUGGAACGGGCUGGUCACCAUCACCCUCUUGGAGGGGAAGAACAUGCCCAGAGGGGGCUUGGCAGAGAUUUUUAUUCUCCUCAAACUGGGGGAUCAAAGAUACAAGAGCAAGACACUGUGUAAGAGUGCAAAUCCUCAGUGGAGGGAACAGUUUGAUUUUCACUACUUCUCUGACAGGAAGGAUAUGUUGGACAUUGAGGUGUGGAGAAAGGAUAACAAAAAGCACGAGGAGCUUUUGGGAACUUGCCACGUUGACAUUACUGCCCUGCCAGCAAAGCAGACCAACUGCUUGGAGCUGCCUCUGGAGAAACACCCAGGGUCCCUGCUGAUGCUGAUUGCUGUUGCCCCAUGCACAGGAGUGUCUAUCUCUGAUCUGUGUGUCUGCCCCUUGGGAGACCCCAAUGAGCGGCAACAGAUUUCUCAGCGUUAUUGUAUAAAGAAUUCCUUUCGGGACAUAAAGGACAUUGGCUUCUUACAAGUCAAAGUUUUAAAAGCAGUGGACCUGAUGGCAGCAGAUUUUUCAGGUAAAAGUGAUCCUUUCUGUGUCUUGGAGCUGGGAAAUGACAUGCUUCAAACACACACCGUUUACAAGAACCUCAACCCAGAGUGGAACAAAGUUUUCACAUUCCCUAUUAAAGAUAUUCAUGAUGUUCUGGAAGUGACAGUGUUUGAUGAAGAUGGAGACAAACCUCCUGAUUUCCUUGGAAAAGUUGCCAUCCCUUUGCUGUCUAUUAGAAACGGUAAACAAAGUUGUUACACGCUGAAGAAUAAAGACUUGGACCGUGCUUCAAAAGGAGUAAUUUACUUGGAGCUGGAUGUCCUAUUUAAUCCUAUAAAAGCAAGUAUUAGAACAUUCAAGCCCCGAGAAAAGCGCUUUACUGAGGAGAACCGCAAAUUUUCUAAAAAGAUCUUAUCAAGAAAUGUUGAUCGCGUGAAAAAAAUCACCAUGGCAAUAUGGAAUACAAUACAAUUCCUUUGGAGCUGCUUUCUCUGGGAGUCCACGGUGAAGAGCCUGAUAGCAUUUGUGGUAUUUGUGGUCACCGUCUGGACCGUGGAGCUGUACAUGGUACCCUUGGCUUUGCUGGUGCUCUUUGCAUACAACUUCUCCCUUGUCACAACAGGGAAGGUCAAUAAUGCUCAGGAUGCCCAGGAGCUUAUGGGCUUGGAUGAAGAUGAGGAUGAAGAUGAUAAGGAAUCUGAGAAAAAGGGGCUAAUUGAGAGAAUCCACAUGGUCCAGGAGAUCAUCAUAGCUGUUCAAAGCAUCCUGGAAGAAAUAGCAUCGUUUGGAGAGAGGAUUAAAAACACAUUCAACUGGACGGUGCCUUUCCUCUCUGUCCUGGCCUGCUUGGUCCUGGCAGCAGCAACAGUUAUUUUGUAUUUUAUACCACUGAGGUACAUUGUUUUAAUCUGGGGCAUAAAUAAAUUUACUAAGAAGUUUAGAAAUCCCUAUGCCAUCGACAAUAAUGAGCUACUAGAUUUCCUCUCCAGGGUACCAUCUGAUGUUCAAAAGGUGCAGCAGGCUGAAUUGAAACCAUCCAGCAGCUCCAGCCCCAUCAGGAAGAAGCGGAGCGCGCUCUAG